AUGCAAAGUGGUAGGCAUAGUGUAUAUGCUCCUACUUCAAAGCUAAUUGGUGAUCCUUUUAUACUGCCUAGUCGUCACAGUGUAUGUGCUCCAAGUUCUCAACCGUUUGGUGAUUCAACUCUACAAUGUGAUCGACAAAGUGUGUAUGUUCCGAAUCAGGCAUUGUCUGAAGCUCCAUUCGAACCAAGUCUCGGCGCAAGUAUUUAUGAUGAGGCUGGUCCAUCACAUGAAGUUAUGGAGUCUUUUCAUGUAUUGAGCCAUUCAGAUGUCCCACUACCUGAAAGCAUUGACAUACCGAUAGCAACAAAUGAUUGUCAGUCCAACCUUUCAGAAGAGGAAGAUAGUGAUGGGCUACUUGGUCAAGAUGAUUGUGAGGAAGAGGCAAUGAUCGAAGUGCCUGAAGCAUUUCAGUUUACUGUAGGAGCCAACUACCCUGUUUCAGCAGAUUGGAUCGGAUCAGUGGGUAACACAGUUGGAAUGGUAGUUGGUACAGAAUUUGAUACAACAUUGGAGUUUCAAGAGAAGGAAGAUGUAAUUAAUGCAGUUAAACAAUAUUCUUUGAAUUGCAGUCGAGAAUAUGAAGUUGCUGAGUCAAGUUCGCGUGUUUGGUCAGUCGUAUGUAGGAACACUAAAUAUGGGUGUAGUUGGCAGUUAUGCGCAGCAAGGCUAAAGAAACUUGGUGGAGGAUGGGACAUAACACGAUAUAAAGGUCCACACACAUGUGUUGCGAGGGCUAUAUCGCUUGAUCAUAAACAAUUGGAUUCAAACUUUAUAUGCAACUGCAUAUUGGAAGGGGUGAAGAAAGAUCUAUCCAAGUUAGUUGGAAGUAUUAUUGUUGAAAUUCACAAUUGGUUGCAUUUCAAACCCUCCUAUAGAAAAGCAUGGGAGGCUAAACAGAAGGCUAUUGCUAGAAUUUGGGGUGAUUGGGAUGAAUCAUACCAACGUCUACCACAUUUCUUUACAGCUCUGCAACAGACAAAUCCUGGAAGUGUUGUAUGGUGGGCAUUCGAUGAUCACACUCAUGUCAGGCAUCGUGCAAUUGAAUUUGACAAAAAAAAAUUGCGUCGACUAUUUUGGUCAUUCAAACCAGCUAUCGACAGUAUCGAGUUCACAAAGCCAGUGAUCCAAAUUGAUGGAACUUUCCUUUAUGGUAAGUAUAAGCAUUCACUCCUAAUUGCAACAACCAUUGAUGGAGAUAACUCUGUGAUUCCACUGGCUUAUGCGCUGGUAGAAUCCGAGAAUGUGGACAGUUGGGGAUGGUUCAUGGCGCUCCUUCGAACACAUGUAGUAAGGUGUGAUGGUAUAUGCGUCAUUUCCAAUAGACAUAUUGGAAUUAUGCAGACAAUGAAUAACCAAUAUCUCGGUUGGGAGGAAACUCAUGCAAAAUAUCGCUACUGCCUCCGUCAUGUGGCCAGCAAUUUUAACACACGCUUCAAAAAUGUUGGACUCAAGAAUUUACUCAUAAAGGCUGGUACGGUUACAAAACUUCGCAAUGCUAUUAAUACUUAUGCAUACAUGUUUUAUAUACAACAUCUAACCGAUGUCACAUUAUACGGAGGACGUGUCAAGUAA